AUGGCACCACCGGCCAAACGUUUCAAAGUAUUAAAGAAAUCGGCAUUUAAAAAACCGAGCAAACCAACACACUUCACAGGUCUGAAUAAAAAAUGCAUGAUAUCAAUUUUGCAAUGGCUACCAACCGAAGAUUUGAUAUCUGUUGGUCAAACGUGCAAAGUUCUACGAGGAUAUGCUGGCUUACAAUAUCAACGUGACCAUCCGAAUCAUUCCAUGGCGAUUGAAAUGAUAAGCAAUCAUCAGCUCCUAAUAAAAUACAAAGAAAGAUCUGAUAUCAGCUUUAGUCGAUAUUUUCAGCACAUUUCGGUUUCCUCAUAUAUAUUCGACUUAAAUCCAAUGCCAUUGUUCAAGUAUGUGCAAAGCCAUUCAGAAGCCAGUGUCAGUUUGAUGGAGCUCAGUAUCAAUCGGCUUGAUUGUUCAUCGAAAAACCAUGACUACGGUGAUGCCAUCAAAAUGAAUUUGGAAAAUUUGGAAACAAUCUCAUUCAAUGGAACACUUGUGUCAGACAUCCACACGCAGUUUCUCGUGUAUUGUAAAAAUUUACAACACUUGCGGAUAAAGAACAAGGCCCCUAAGUUUGCAUGCGGAAAAACAUGGUUGGAAACAGUGUACCGAACACUCCACAGUCUCACAUUUUGGGUUUGCGACAAAAGUUCUAUCGAUUAUAUAAGAAUUCCGAUCUUUUUCCAAAAUAAUCGUAAUAUCAAGCACAUCAACUGUAUGGGUUUAAAUUUUAUCGCGAUCACAUUGAAUUCCGCCAUCGAUUUGGAUGUUUUCAUAGUGCAUUGUGAGAUGCCCGAAGACUUGGAACGAAUUUCGUCAAUGUUAUGCCAAUACAGUAAACGAUUUAGGCGUGUCGAAAUUGUGUUUCACUAUACCAUGCCAUUUGAUAGUGAAGAAAAUGUGAAACACAUCAAAAAUGUAAGCUCAUUGCCAAGCUUGCAAGGAUUUCAUGGACUUUUCUCCACGGACAAUGUUCUCGUUGAUCGAGUUUUUACCUCAAUGGAAAAUCUACGAUCACUUUCGCUUAAAUUGGCGCUAGAUGACAGACAACGUGCAUGGAAGAUCGUAAUGUAUUUGCCGCGUUUACAAACAGUUCGCUUGUACAUUAAAUACAGUUUGUGCCAAUUUGGAUCGACUUUCAAGCCGCUGACAAUACCAUUUCUAGCGAGAUCAAAGCAACUGGGACACCUAAUAGUUAGCUUUACUCCGAACUCAUGCGUCACACAUCCAAGAGACAUCAUCGAUCUACAUAAUGCACGCAUAUUUUUAAACAAACUAAACGAAAGACUGAACGGAGCCUGCCCAACAACCAUCUUCCUAGCGAAAGAGGUCAUCGUUCAGUCAAAAUUCAUCAUACCAAAUAGCAGCCUCAUUCGAGUCAAACCCAUGUCAAGUCUACCACGCAAUUUAUCGGACCCGUUUUUGUUUUGA